GUCAAUGACUGGCCCAGCUGUCUUAGUCAUUUGAUUCAUGUCUAUCCUGAAAAUAAUAAUAAACUUUAAUGUGACUUGUGAGAUAAAUCAAAUGAGUUAGAACAGUAUUUUCUGACCCACAGAUCAAAAGAUUGGACCCGCUGAGAGAUAGAGAAUCCAAGGUGGCUUCAGCCUUCAUGAUCCACCUCUUUUGCGGGGAGCUGUAGUCUGUAGAGCUAUUCAACAUCUUGUUACACUAGCGUCUGGUUCUGGUUCUAGAGGGGUCAAAGUUCCCAAUAAGGUGAAGAGGAAGAAGAAGGAAAUGGCCGGCCAAGGCGAAGAGCAGCAUACCAAGUCCAGGGUUGUGAAGGUUGACUCUUUGGAGUCGUGGGAUAUGUAUGUUACCCAAGCCACCAGUAAAGGGUGCCCUAUUGUUGUACAUUUCACUGCUGCAUGGUGCAUGCCUUCAGUUGCUAUGAACCCCUUUUUUGAGGAAGUGGCUUCAAGCUACCCUGAUGUUCUGUUUCUCACAGUUGAUGUUGAUGAGGUUAAGGAGGUGGCGACUAAAUUGGAGAUAAAGGCGAUGCCCACAUUUUGGCUAAUGAGGGACGGUGCUCCACUCGACAAACUUGUUGGUGCCAAUCCAGAGGAGGUAAGGAAAAGGAUAGAUGGUCUUGUGCAGUCCAUUCGUGUUGAUGUAACAUAGAUCCAAUAUAAGUAUGCUAUUGUACAUUUGUAAAUGUUAAAUGUGCGACUUUUGUGGUCCAACAUCCAAACAGAUGAUAAGUGAGCUUGUGUGCUUUGUGUGAUGGGUGUGAUUUCAAUCUCACUAGUACUUUUGCGUUUGCUGCCAA